AAUGGGAUCCAGCUCCAGCUGAGGUCUCAAUAUUAAGGGGUUUUGAUCCUGGUAGUGGCCAAGCACCUUUGGUUAUCUUUCAGUGCACACCACAGCACUAAAAGUGAGUAUGCAAAGAUCUGGCAAAAGCUCCAUUUGCUAUUAACACCUAAUGCACUACCCAGCAUGUUCCAGCCCCCUGAUAGCAGACAGGAUUUUGCAUGCAUUUCUGCCCCACCUAAAAAUCACCUAGCUGGAUAAUACUAUCUACAGCUUACCUAUCAAUAUUUGUAUUCCAUCAGAAAGGCAGUACUUUUAAUCAUAAUACUUCCAAGGAAUGCAAAGUUCUGGACUCAGAAAUUUACCCAGGUCAGUGCUCUACAAAACCAAACAUUUUUCUCAUUGCCAGCUGGAAAAAUUUCACAGAUUUCUUUGAGUAUUACAAAAUAACUGCAUUUACAUUGAGCAGGCUUUCCCCCCUCCACCUAGACUUGAAUUGCACAACAUAAAGGCAGCAUAAAAUAUUUGCUCUCUGAUUCCACAUAAAGAACUUCAGCUUUCUCUGGAAACUUAAAGCUCUUUGGAAGCCAAACACCCCGCAAUGAAGAGCUUUCUGGCAUUCCUUGUCACAAUGGGCAUCAUAGUGACCCUGAGCGAUGCAGACUGCUGGAGGAAAAUUCACAAGCCAGAGGAGGCCAAAAAUGUUCUCUUUGCCACUGACAGCUCUUAUAAUACCAUUUCUUACAACAAAGAUGAAUGUAAACUGGUGUUCAACAAGGAGCGCUGUGACUAUGAUGUGGUGCAGAAGGACGACCCCACCAAGCCGUGUCGUUCUGGCUAUUCCCGUGCAGGAUAACAGCUGCUCCAAACCUCUGCACUGAGGAAUUCCUCUCCUUCCUUCAGAUGCUUUGCCAUCACAGAGAAGCAUGAUGACACAGGAAAAUCUCAUAAAAGUGAGCACUUCAGUAUCUCAUUUUUAACCUCCUAAUUGUCCUAAUUCAGCAUACAAGAUGCAUAAUCAGAGUGUCACAUUUCUAUCAAAAGGUCAUAUUCAUGUUCUUAAUUUUAGUUAAGACUUUUUCUUAUAAGUGAUUUACAGAUGUUUAUUUAACUUUUAAAUUAAGUAGGAUUUUAUUCUACUAGUUUCCUUUGUUCAAUCUGUAUUUAAGGUCCCAAGAAUUUCUUUAGAAUCUGGUGCCAGUUUUCUUACAGAUGAAGAUGACUUUCUCAGUGCAAGAAGAUUUUUGAUUUGUUGACAGCACCAGCAGAAGUGUAAAUUAAUGACCAAAAAAAGAAAUUUAUCACAGGCUUUGAAUCUCUUGAGAAUAUAUUUUUUAUGCUUCUGGGACUGGGAGGAACCAGCACAUUUUUGUGAUUAUCACAUUCUUCCAGAAGUUAUCUGUGGGUGGGAAAGCCCAUCUUCCACUGCAAGAGCACCACCUCCACCACUUGUACUUAAAGCAGAAUCUGAACAGCUCAGCAUAAACAAGAGCUGACACUGGAGAAGAAAGAAAAUGAAUUCUGAUGGGUUUACCAGGCCAAGGAAAUGUAGAGCCUUGUCUCAUAGGCUCCAGAGAAUAGACUGUGUUCACUGAGACCCAGAAAUUGCAUAUAAAUGUUUUCAAAAAGAUAUUUUUUAGUCUCAGUGUCCAAUUAUAUUGGUUUUUCUAUUAUCAUAGUAGCUGCCAGUAUUGAAGCUUCCCUUUUUUUCCCCCUCUAAAUAAAACUAAUUUAGCAAUGAAACUCGGGAGUCUUUAACCUCCCUUGCUCAGAGUGGGGAAAUGCUCAAGAACAUUUGCACAGGUUAUUUUUACUGGUUUGGGACUUUUUAUUCAUGAGAUUAUCCAUGUGCAGGAAAGCAGACUAAUACAUCACUCAUCCUCUGUUAUGAAUUUUUUUUUUUAUUUAUGUACCACCAAAAAUUAAUGAAUUGUGUAAGGCAGAAAGAGAGAGGUACUACUUCUGUUUUCCAUUCGUCACAGCAAUGAGACUAAAGAAAAACUUGUUGAAUUUUGGUAACUUCCUCAGAAAUCCCAUCAGAACUUCCUCCCCAAAGGAGAAAUAUUUUUAUGUUGGUAAAACACUGGAGGACAAGUUUUUCCCAUUUUCAUAUCCACAGGUUAUACCAUACAAAAGCUUCUUAGAAACAAUCCAUUAUCGUCAGCUUCUAAAAUCUUCUAGAAUUUAAGAUUUUAUAGCACUCAAAUUCAAUCUGUUGACACCUAUAUGAUCAGAGAAUCAUGGCAAUACCACAUAUUUAAUCUAAAGCAUAUUUCACAUUCUAAGUAUUUCAAAAAUAAAAUGCUAGCUGUCAUUUUAUGAAAAAAAAAUUACAUGAAAUGUAAUAGAAAUGCAUUUUCUACCCCUUUUCAGGUGGCCAUUCCUUUUUGCUUUCUCAAGGAGAGGGAAAGCAAUUCUCCUAGCUCAAGUUUGCUCUCAGAAAGUGAUAAAUUACUUUCAAGAAUUAUUCUAAGACAUUGUGGGGGUUUUAGAGCAGGGUUUCCCGGGCUUACUUCUUCACACGACUGCAUAGUGCAUACAUUAUUACAAACUAAACAGCCUAAGUAUAAUUCUGGUGAAACCUGCCAGAGAUGCAAGUCACAAAAUCUCUCAUGGUGUUCUAUUUCCUGCUCCUCUCAAUCAGACAGGAAGGGUGUGGGACAAGAAAUGGCAGGAAGCAGGAUUUUUUACAUUACAGAGGAAAACAGAAAAGAAAAAAGAGAAGAGGUCCCAAAAGCCAAGAUAUCCUUUGGAUUUGGCUGAAGAAUUCUGUGGUUGCCUUCACCAUCCCAGUCCGAGUCCUGCAGCAAUAACUUCCAACCAUGGCAUUUAGUCUUCAUGGAAUCAGCAACUUACAGUUCUAAAAAUGGAAAAAAGCUCAUGCUCUCUUAAUAGAGCUGAAGUAUAGUGUAGGUGGGAUAUACACAAAAUUAACUGCAUUUCCCCAGAAAUAAACACAAAGGAUGCUGAAGUAAAUAACUCUAGGUAUGAAAUUGAAAUUAAGCCUUCUUUCAUUUUGUGUACACAUGGGCAGCUUGUGUUCAAGACAUAAGAGCAGAUAAUUUUCUACCACUUGGAGGACCAAAGGCAUGCUCUCAAUGCCAGUGUGGCCAGAGCAGUGUCCACUGUUGCACCUUGUAAGUUCCACAAAAGCAGAGGCACUAGUGGACAGAACUACAGAACUACAGCAAUGCUCCAACCUGCCACCCUUCCUAUAGCUAAUUCCUUAAGUCACGGCUCCACAGAAAGUCUUUUUACAGACAUAUGCUCUUUAUUUGCUUAAUCAGCUGCAGGUAAAGAUAAAAAGCUGUGUUUGGAAUCACAGCAGUUUUUUGAAUUUGUGGAAUAAACUUUUCUGUCAUUUUUCUGGUUCACUGAAGAUUUCUAAGACUUUUUUUUUUUACUACACAUCUUGAGACAGAAGGUAGAAGUACAGGAUAUUUAGCUUUUCCCAUAAGCUGGAGAUACCUUUUUUGCCAAAUCUGCCACUCCUAUUCAUUUUGAUUUACUGCCUCUGGACUUCUGUUCUUGCUGGUACAGCAUCUGUGGCCAUCUCCCUCAGUUCUACCCACACUUCAGAGAUGGAGGUGUCCUCAUUGUAAGCAUGGUCUGGUAUCUGUGAUUGUCCCUAUAGAUCUUUUUGUCUGUCUCAAUGUCCCUUGCUUAGCACUGAUCCUCUUUCCUGGGAUCAUGAUCUGACAGGAUUUUUCAGGCUAGCUGAGAAAUUAUCACGUUUUAAAAAUACAUUUGCACCAAGAUAAAAAAAUAAGGUGUUUCUCAUCCCACUGAAACUGCAUUGAAUUAAAACUGAAAUUGGACUCAUGGAUGGGGACUUGGCUACACAUGGAAGAAGGCAGGUGUGUUCAGUUCAGAGAAGAAAUUAUAUUAUUGUCUCAAGCUUGGGUCUCCCCAUGUUGAAUUGAGGUCUCAAUUCAAGUUUCUGCUCUGCCACCUGGGAGAGAGCAGGUUACUGCUCUGUUACUGUCCUCUGUUACCUGGGACAAAUCACUCACACUGCCUGUGUACCUUGCUAUAAAACUAGUACAAUUCUUUGAUAAUUCCUGUUCUGGGAGAGAUCUGAGGGCCUAGGCUUUGAGGUUUGCAGGGAUAUGAACCUUAGACUUAAGAAAAGUGUCCCCACCAAAAUAUGUCCCCACCUUUACCAUAUGAUCUUGUGUAAACAGUACACUGUAUAUUCCAGUGUUUGCAUGUGCCUUUCCUUAACACAGUUGUCCUUUCUCACACACAAAUGGGACAGACUUUAAUAAAGUAAAGCCAAUGUACAUUAUACGUA